AGUUUUGUGUCGAUCAUUCACCUGUAGAAAGAAGACCAGCGGAGCUCUUCAGCAGGUGGGACAUGACAGACUGGGACCUGAACUCGACCUGGUCCAGGAGCCUUCUGGAUCCGGCACCAUGUCGGAGUGCGCCACUCCUGCUGUAGGUCCUGGUCCCGCCCGGCCUCCUCUGGCCCAGAAGGCUCUGUCUGAAGCUUACACCCGGCUGCGAUACCGGGACACGUCCCUGCUGGUCUGGCAGCAGCAGCAGCAGGAGCUGGAGGUGGCUCCACCCACCACCUACCUGAGCCGCAGCCAGUCAGCCUGGUACAGCCGCUAUGGCAACCAGGCCAUCCUGAUCCGGGACAAACGGGGCCUCGAGGACACAUACGGACACUCCAGGAUCUGCAGUGUCAUGUAGUGAAGAUCAGACCAAAAUGUUGAAACUGUUUUUGUGUCUUCAGGAUGAAUUUUUUACUCUUACGUACUAACAAGCGCAAAAAACAAAACAACAAACCAGCAACAACAGUCUCUGGACUCUGUGAAGCUAACAGGAAGUCAAAGACAGCAAAUUCUGAAUUCAACAUGAGUUCCUGCGUUUGACUGGCUGGAGCUCUUUGUACUGAGUAUUCCUGAUUGGCUGACACAGCGCCAGCAGAAAACUCCCCUCCACAGACCAGAAUGCACUGCAGGCUGUGGUUAGCCAGCAGAGGGCAGCACUCCAUCGGG